AUGGCGGCGUCGAACGGGAGCGAGUACUUCGAAUUGGGAGUCGAGGGGACGAGCGAGACGUUCGCGCGGCCGUCGAACGCCGAGUCGGUGGCGGAGGACGAGGAGGAGCUGAUGUGGGCGGCGAUCCGACGGCUGCCGUCGCAGAAGCAAUCCAGCAUCGCCAUUCUCAAGUCGGAGAAGUCGGAGACCAUCGACGUCCGGAAACUCGAUCGCCAACGCCGUGAACUCGUCGUCAAGAAAGCCCUCGCCACUAACGACCAGGACAACCACCGCCUCCUCUCCGCCAUUAAAGAACGCCUCGACAGAGUGGAAUUGGAGGUUCGAAAAGUGGAAGUGCGGUACGAGAAUCUGAAUGUAGUAGCAGACGUUCAAACAGGAUCAAGAGCUUUGCCUACUCUCAUUAACUAUACUCGUGAUGGUAUAGAGAGUAUUUUAACUAGUUUGAGGAUUUUUAAACCCAAGAGACGGUCUUUAACAAUCUUGAACAACAUCAGCGGCGUUAUCAAACCUGGAAGGAUGACUUUGCUUUUAGGACCCCCAAGUUCUGGCAAAUCCACUUUGCUCAUGACUCUUGCAGGAAAACUGGACGGCGACUUAAAGAAAAGUGGUAGCAUUACCUACAAUGGCCAUAGGCCUGAUGAGUUCUGCAUUCAAAGAACUGCUGCUUACAUAAGCCAAACAGAUAAUCACAUUGCAGAACUCACCGUGAGAGAAACCUUAGACUUUGCAGCUAGAUGUCAAGGCGCCAGCGAAGGUUUUGCAGCGUAUAUGAAAGAGCUGGUCAAAUUAGAGAAGGAAAAAAACAUAAGGCCAGAUCCAGAAAUUGAUGCAUUCAUGAAGGCAUCAUCUGUUGGUGGUAAGCACAGUAUCACAACAGAUUAUGUUCUCAAAGUGCUCGGUCUUGAUCUUUGUUCAGAGACAAUUGUUGGAAAUGACAUGUUAAGAGGGGUUUCCGGGGGACAGAGGAAAAGGGUUACUACAGGUGAAAUGGCAGUUGGACCAAGAAAAGCCAUGUUUAUGGAUGAAAUAUCUACUGGACUGGAUAGUUCUACUACAUAUCAAAUUGUUAAAUGUAUAGGGAAUUUUGUUCAUCACAUGGAAGCUACAGUACUAAUAGCUCUGCUUCAGCCUGCACCUGAGACAUUUGAAUUGUUUGACGAUUUAGUGCUACUAGCCGAAGGACACAUGGUUUAUCAAGGCCCUCGAGCUGAAGUGUUGGAGUUCUUCGAGUCAUUAGGCUUCAAACUACCACCGCGAAAGGGUGUUGCAGAUUUUCUUCAAGAGGUAACGUCUAAGAAGGAUCAAGCUCAGUACUGGGCUGAUCGUUCAAAACCAUACGCAUACCUUUCUGUCUCAGAAAUUGCAGAAGCCUUUAAGAAGUCCAGAUUUGGAAAGGCUGUGGAUGACGAUCUCUCUGCUCCAUAUGAUAGAUCUAAAAGUCUUCUUUCGGCUUUGCCAAAAACUAAAUAUGCAACCUCAAAAUGGGAGCUUUGUAGAGCAUGCUUUUCGCGAGAACUACUGUUGAUCAGCAGGCAUAGGUUUCUUUACACAUUUAGGACCUGCCAGGUUGCAUUUGUUGGAGCUAUGACAUGCACAAUGUUUUCUAGAUGGACAAUACACCCCACAGAUGAAAUGAAUGCCAACCUUUAUCUUUCUUGCUUGUUCUUUGGGUUGGUGCACAUGAUGUUUAAUGGGUUUACCGAGCUACCCCUUAUGAUAUCUCGGCUCCCAGUCUUUUACAAGCAAAGGGACAAUUACUUUCAUCCUGCGUGGGCAUGGUCUGGUGCUAGUUGGCUUCUGCGCAUACCUUACUCUAUGGUUGAAGCUAUCGUAUGGUCUUGUGUUGUAUACUACAUUGUUGGUUUUGCCCCUGGUGCUGGUAGAUUUUUCCGAUUCAUGUUGUUGCUAUUUACUGUGCACCAAAUGGCUUUGGGUCUCUUCCGGACAAUGGCAUCUCUUGCACGAGACAUGGUCACUGCCAAUACAUUUGGAUCAGCUGCACUAAUUGUUAUAUUUUGUUUUGGUGGAUUCAUCAUUCCCAAAGAUAGCAUUAAGCCAUGGUGGGAAUGGGCCUUUUGGAUAUCACCACUAUCAUAUGCACAACGCGCAGUUUCUGUCAAUGAAUUUACUGCUGCAAGGUGGCUCAAGAUAUCUCCUUUUACUAACAGAACAAUUGGGCAAAGUGUUCUCCAACAAUACGACUUACCAAAUGGUGAUUACUGGUAUUGGACUGGAGUUGGUGCUCUUAUUGCUUAUGCAUUGGUUUUCAAUUGCAUAGUGACUCUGGCCUUAAUGUACCUAAAUCCACCAAGGAAAAACCAGACAGUGCUUCCACUUGAUGACUCAGAAGGGAGUCCUGCUGCAGAUGGUCAGUCUCAACUCCACCAUCUAACUCAUACUAUGUCUAGCCCAAAAUCGAAUGGAAAUAUCAUCCCAAGAAAGGGAAUGAUCUUACCAUUUCAGCCUUUAACAAUGACCUUCCACAAUGUUAACUACUAUGUUGACAUGCCAAAGGAAAUGAAGUCACAAGGUAUACCAGAACCGAGGCUGCAACUCUUGUCGAACGUGAGUGGAGUAUUCUCACCAGGUGUUCUUACAGCUUUAGUUGGCUCUAGUGGAGCUGGAAAGACCACUUUGAUGGACGUCCUUGCUGGUAGGAAAACUGGUGGAUACAUAGAAGGAGACAUCAAGAUAUCUGGUUACCCGAAAGAGCAAAGAACUUUUGCUAGAAUAUCAGGAUAUGUUGAGCAAACUGACAUACAUUCUCCUCAACUGACUGUUGAGGAGUCUGUAAGGUUUUCUUCUGCUCUUCGCCUUCCCAAGGAAGUCAGCGCAGAGAAAAGACUUGAGUUUGUCGAAGAAGUAAUGAAAUUAGUAGAGCUUGAAACUCUAAGGCAUGCUUUGGUUGGAUUGCCAGGCAGUUCAGGCUUAUCAACAGAGCAAAGAAAACGCUUAACAAUUGCUGUUGAGCUUGUUGCCAACCCUUCAAUUAUCUUUAUGGAUGAACCCACUUCUGGACUUGAUGCAAGGGCAGCAGCCAUUGUGAUGAGGACUGUUCGUAAUACGGUUGAUACAGGAAGAACGGUGGUCUGCACUAUCCAUCAACCAAGUAUUGACAUAUUUGAAGCAUUUGAUGAGCUUCUUCUUAUGAAACGAGGGGGGCAAGUUAUAUAUGGAGGAAAGCUAGGCCUGCACUCCCAGACAAUGAUAAACUACUUUCAGGCGAUUAAUGGAAUUACUCCAAUUCCAAGCGGGUACAAUCCAGCCACCUGGAUGCUGGAGGUAACCACACCGGCUUGUGAACAAAGAAUUGGUGAAGACUUUGCUAGCAUAUACAGAGAAUCAGCGCAGUACAGGGAGGUGGAAGAGUCCAUAGAGCAGUAUAGUAUUCCUCCACCUGACUCGGAACCAUUAAAGUUUGCUUCCACGUAUUCACAAAACACAUUGUUUCAGUUUAAGACCUGCUUAUGGAAACAAAACCUUGUGUAUUGGAGAAGUCCACAAUAUAAUGCCAUGAGGUUAAUCUUUACUACGAUUGCUGCAUUGAUAUUCGGUUCAGCAUUUUGGGAUGUGGGUAGGAAAAGGGACUCGAUUCAAUCAUUGAUGAUGGUUAUGGGAGCUCUUUAUUCUGCUUGCUUGUUUCUUGGGGUCAAUAACGCUUCUUCAGUUCAGCCAAUUGUUUCGAUUGAGAGGACAGUAUUUUAUCGAGAAAAAGCAGCUGGAAUGUAUUCUCCAUUCGCCUAUGCAGCAGCCCAGGUAAAUCCCUCUACACGAACAUUAAGAUUAUUUAGCAAAUUGCAUUUCUGGAAAUCAAGAGUCCAUAACUCUCCUUUGCCUUCUACUGUCAUGCAGGGCCUUAUAGAGAUCCCAUACAUUGCUGUACAGACAAUAGUUUAUGGGGUGAUCACAUACUUCAUGGUUAAUUUUGAAAGAACAAUCAGUAAGUUUUUUAGUUCUUCCAUUGGAAUUGAACUCAUCGUUAACCAUAAAAAAUUCUUGCUCUAUAUUCUGUUCAUGUUCCUCACAUUCACCUACUUCACCCUUUAUGGCAUGGCGGCUGUUGGACUCACUCCUUCUCAACACCUAGCAGCUGUCAUCUCUUCUGCAUUUUACUCACUGUGGAAUCUUCACUCUGGUUUCCUCAUCCCCAAACCAAGUAUGCCGAAAUAUUGGGUUUGGUUUUACUACAUCUGUCCAGUUGCAUGGACACUUAGAGGUAUUAUCACUUCCCAGCUUGGUGAUGUAGAGACCAUUCUUGUUGGACCUGCGUUUAAGGGCACUGUGAAAGAAUACUUGGAAGUCACACUUGGCUUUGGCCCUGGGAUGAUUGGAGUUUCAGUAGCUGUGCUUCUCGGCUUCAAUGUCCUUUUCUUCAGCAUCUUUGCCUUCUCGAUCAGAUAUCUCAACUUCCAGAAACGAUAG